AUGAACAACUUUCCCCUGACGGAACCUUCUCCGCCUUCGACCUCCAAGAAGUGCAGGACGCGACAAUCGGGUACCGCAUGGACCCGCUCUGGGUGCUUGACAUGCAAGAAAAGACGCAAGGCCUGUGAUAAACAGAAACCCAGUUGCAACAAUUGCCUCAAACAAGGCCGAACAUGCGAAGGCUAUGGCUCCAUGUGGGUAGAGCCAUUGGGUCCUUCGGCGCAGGUUUUUUCAAAAUCUGAAUCCAAGUCUGAGCAGCCUAUUGAAUCACCAAAGCGUCGUCGACUAAGCGAGUCUGCGUCGCAACUACCAUCCCCAGCACCCUCGGCGUCAUCAGACGCAUGGUUUGAUUUCCGCUCUUCGGGUCAGGUCACACCCUGGAACUGGUCAAAUGUAUCAUCACCUCGGGAACUUGGCUCCAUUUCCUCAAAUCCGGUCACUUCUCAAGAAUUGGCGGGAUGCGCACAGGAGUAUGUUGAUGUACCCGCCGAUGCAAUGAUCCCACGGCCGCAGGGUCACAUCAGCCAUCUCUCAUGCCACGAGACCCACUACCUACAGUAUCACAUGGAACAAGGGUCUCGACUGCUAGCAAACCUAGAGAGCGACGACAACCCCCUUCGAUCCAUAUUGAUACCAAGAGCAAUGUCGUCGCCUUUGCUGAUGAAAGCCGUAUGUGCCGUGUCCGCCCUCCAUCUAGCAAACCGCUCCCAAGGCUUCGGGGCGCAUACUGCUGCCGUCAAUUACUAUAGCGGAACUCUCAGUGGCCUCCGAUCAGCACUGGGUGAGUGUUCAACGGAACUGCUACCUGAUGAUGCUAUGUUGGCUGUGGGACUCCUGUGUAAGUAUGAGAUUGUACGUGGCAGCGUCAAGCAAUGGGUUGUUCAUCUGAACGCCUUGCAACGUCUUAUAGUAUCGCGUGGGGGAUUCGCGUCGAUGGAUCGUGAUGCAGCAGAGUUUCUGCGAGGCUUAUUUGUGUAUGCUUAUCAAAUGGCUCGGAUCAGCAAUCACAAUCGCAUCACCCCCGCAGAUAUCUCUGUCGAUAGCGAUAUUGGCAUUCCAAAGUUAGACAUAUACAUCGGCUACACGGAGGAGCUUCUGGAGCUCUGCGCGCGCAUUGCUGAGCUCCCAGCUUCCAAACACGACAAUUUGGCACUAUAUCUCAGCGUUGCCUCCAUAAACGAAUCCCUUUUGAACUGGACCCAUACUUCAACGCCAUAUGUGAUCCCAUCAGGCACACCAGCAGCCACACUCACCCGACUCCAACUUGUGGCUGAAUGUUUCCGCGAUGCGGGCUUCGCAUACCUUCAUUCAAUCAUGGAGCAUAUCAGCAGAGAUUUGGAGACCGCAGAGCUAGCCAUUCCAGUAGGGGCCAUCCCCACGCAGGAUUGGUGCUCUCUGAUCUCUAGUCCCAAACAGCCUGCCAUUGACCGAUGCCUUGCGCGCGUCAAAAACUUUCCGCUGGACGAUCACUGCGAGUACUCUGCGCUCACUUUCCCAUUGUUUAUCUCGGGAUGCGAGAGCAACAAUAUAGCAGAUAGAGAAGUGGUACUCCAGUCUCUUGAUAAAUUGCAGCAUAACUUUGGCAUUGGCAAUGUCAGGCGGGCAAAGGAGUUGCUGGGGAUAUUAUGGGCGAGGCGAGAUGCCGACUCUGGAUUAUUUGGCCUUGGUAUAGAUCACAAGCAGGUGCAUUGGCUGGAUAUUGUUAAAGAGCUGGGAUGGGAACUGAUCCUUGCAUAA